CUGCGAGCGCGGGAGGGAGGGAAGAAUUGCGGAGCCAGCUGAGACUGCUUACACGGUGCAGCCCGGUCGAGGCUGGUUUUUCCUCCCGCUCUCUCUUAUUUUUGACCUCUUCCCUGCCGGGGUUUGGGGAGACGCCUCCUCUUCCUCUUCUCUUUCUUCCCGCGCGCUUCUCUUGCCCAGAUGUCCGCCGCCGCCGCCUCCUCCUCCUGCAGCAGCGGGUGACUUCUGCGUGGGAAAGGAGGAGAAGGAGAAAGAGCGCGCGCGCGCGCGCCCAGAAAGAGCGAGCGGCUUUCCUCCGCCUCGCGCUAGGCUCUCCUUUUGGCUCCGGCUCCUCCUGCCUAUGGAGCGGACGCUGUGAGCUCCUCCGCGGCCGGAGUGCUCGGCGGCGGCGGCGGCGGCAGACUAGCCGCUGAAGCGCCAGCCGUCCUCCUCUCCGCCCGGCUCAGUCCAGGCCCCCGCUUCCGUUCCUUUUGCCCGCCCGCUGCCAGUCGGCCGGCCAGCUAUGUCCUACCCUCAGGGCUACCUCUACCAGCCCCCGGGCUCGCUGGCGCUCUACUCUUGCCCAGCUUACGGGGCGUCGGCGCUGGCGGCGCCCAGGAGCGAAGAGCUGGCCAGAUCAUCUUCGGGCUCGGCGUUCAGCCCUUAUCCCGGAUCCGCGGCGUUCACUGCCCAAGCGGCAGCCACCGGCUUCAGCAGCCCGCUCCAGUACUCCACCGACCCGGCCACGGGAUUCCCCUCCUACAUGGGCUCCCCUUACGACGCCCACACGACGGGCAUGAGCGGGGCCAUCAGUUACCAUCCCUACGGCAGCCCAGCCUACCCCUAUCAGCUAAAUGACCCGGCCUACCGGAAGAACGCCACGCGAGACGCCACGGCCACGCUGAAGGCCUGGCUGCAGGAGCACCGCAAGAACCCCUACCCGACUAAAGGCGAGAAGAUCAUGCUGGCCAUCAUCACCAAGAUGACCCUCACGCAGGUCUCCACCUGGUUCGCCAACGCCCGCAGGAGGCUCAAGAAGGAGAACAAGAUGACCUGGGCGCCCCGCAACAAGAGCGAGGACGAGGACGAGGACCUGGAAGGGGAGGGCGGCGGGAUCAGGAGCAAAGAGGAGGCGAGCUCGGACAAAGGGCGGGACAGCAACGAAACGUCGGCGGAGGACGAAGGGAUCAGCUUGCAGGUGGAUUCCCUCACCGACCACUCCUGCUCGGCUGAAUCGGACGGGGAGAAGGCCCCGUGCAGGGUGGGGGACCCGCUCUGCGAGUCAGGCUCGGAAUGUAAGGACAAGUACGAGGAGAUCGAGGAGGACGACGACGAGGACGACGUCGACGACGAGGAGGAGGACGACGAAGACGACGAGGCGGGCAGAGGCCUCCCCCCCAAGCCCGUCACCUCCUCUCCUCUCACCGGGGUAGAAGCCCCUCUCCUGGGCCAUCCGCACGGCCAGGAUUCCGCCAGGAACGCCGCCAAAGCUGCUCUGGGCGCCCGGAUCCCCCCCUCGGUGGCCUCCCAGACUACGCAAGCCAGCAAGCCCAAGCUUUGGUCACUGGCGGAAAUCGCCACCUCGGACCUUAAACACCCGCCACACCCGCCUCCCCCGCACCCCCACAGCCUGGGCCAGAGCUGCCCGCCCUCGGGCCCGCCGCCUUCCGCCCCACACAACGCUGCCUACUCGCCUUCUUCGCUCUUGGGGAGGCAUAUUUAUUACACAUCGCCUUUUUAUAGCAACUACACAAACUACGGGAACUUCAACGCCCUCCAGGGACAGGGCAUCUUGAGGUACAACUCGGCCGCCGUGGCCUCCAACGAGGGACUCAGCCAAGCCGUCUUAACUGGCGGCGGCGGCGGCAGCUCGGCUCUGAAGGCGAGCUCGGAAAACUCGCUGAAAACCAUCGCUGGCCACCUCGAACAGCAUUACAAGCCCCACAGUUCAGACAUCAAGAAAGACCCCACUGAAAUGUGCACAGUAGGAGUACAACCAUACCUAUAGAAGGGCAAUCACACAGCAGCCAGGCAAGUAGGUGUCACAAUUGCUUUGAGAAAAGUCAACAAGCCAUCAUCUCUCCCCAAGCUAAUCUAUCUAUCUCUAUCUGUAACUCUAACAAAACUCUAAAUCUGGAUCACAUCUUGUGCCACUGUAUAAAAGAAGACCACAGAGCACUCUUAGAUCUACAGACUGUCUCUAAUUAUUGAACCAGAAUUUUGUUGGACAUUAAUGUGAGUUUGCUGGUAUAGUCUAGUUUCCCUAAUGUAUGUGUGAUUAAAAAAGGAAAAGAAAAACAAAAAAAAGGAAAUCUGUUUUUUCUCAGGAUAUCUUGACUUGAUCACUUCAUUGCCACGGUAUAUACAUAUAUAUCUCUAUAUAUCUAUAUUCUGUAGGUGUGAUAGGAUUUAUUGUACAAACUCUUUGUAAAAGAUACAUACAGUAGGGAUUAAGGAAACUGCAAGUACUUACAAAACAAAAACAUAUUUGAUAUUUAUUUUUGUAAUGAUAUAAAAGCUUCUAGUAAUUUAUGCAAGUUGUAUUGCAAUGGAAUCCCAAGUCUUUUGUAAAUAAAUUAUGCCUGGUUUUUAUUUGAAACACUGAUGGUUAUAC